CUUUAGCAGGCAGACCUUCCCCUUGUGUAGCCUGGUGAUGGGUGUUAGGCAUGCUGUGGCAGAGCAGUUGGGCACAGUACUCCCUGCACUGCUCUCUUGACUACUUGCUAUGGUGCCUUUCUUGGCCUGCCAGGAACACUUUCCCCCCCAAACCUUUUCAGAUGCCUCCAGGAUUUUAAAGCCCACUGCUCUUAGAACCCAUGUAUGCCCUGAAGCAUGCAGAGUAAAUACACAGGGGGCAGGAUUGUGAACCAGGUGUGCAGCUGGGGCUGACAAAGAUCAAAGCCAGUCUGCAGACCAGUUUGGCUGACAAAACUAGAAAAAGCAACUCAACAGGAGUUUUCCUGUGGCAACUGCAAACAUCCGUUCAGAAAACAACAUGGAUAGUACUCAGGCAAUAGGGGAAAAGUGAGCUCCCCUAGCCCAGCCCCUCCCUUCCUCUAUAUAAGGGAGCUGUCCAAGGGGUUGCCUUGCACUGUCAUCCCUUUGCUUUCCAGGGGGAGGAUAUAAGCCUUGUUGCACCUUGACUACUGAUAUCCCAAGCAUGGCUAGUUCCUUAAGUCGCAAUUUAUUCUGCUCUGGCUUUCCUCAAGGGCCCAGACUAAACUGGAUCAGUGCAGCAGGGUUGCAGCCAGGGCUGCUCAGUAUCCAUGGGGGAGCUGGGAGCAUUGGCAGUUGCCUUUCCUCUGCCAGUGCUGCAUUUGUGAAGUCUGUGCCAGCAGGUAGUUAUGAACUAGGCAUUGGAUCUGGUGCUAGUGGAAUAGGCCUCCUUGGUAUGAAUGAAAAGGACACCAUGCAGAACUUGAAUGACCGCCUGGCUGCCUACCUGGAGAGGGUGUGUUCUCUUGAAGAAGCCAACAGGCAGCUGGAGCAGCAGAUUCAGGAGCUCCAGGUGAAAAAAGCACUCGCCAGACACUAUGAUCCAAGUAGCUGCUUCAGCACCAUUGCAGAACUCAGAUCACAGAUCCAGUAUGAGUCAGUGCGCAACUCCCAGCUGAUCCUCCAGAUUGAUAAUGCCAAGCUAGCUGCCAAUGACUUCAGAAUGAAGUUUGAGGCCGAGCUGGCUACCCGGCUGGGUGUGGAGAGUGACAUCAAGGGUUUACGCAAGGUCCUGGAUGAGCUGACAGAGGCCAGAGCCAGUCUGCAGGUGCAGAUUGAAAGCCUGAAGGAGGAACUGACUUAUCUCCAGCAGAACCAUGGAGAGGAAGUGGCUGCUCUCCAAGGUCACUUGGGAGGCUCUGUCAGUGUGGAGGUGGAUGCCAGUCCAGGCAUCAAUCUGGUGAAAACCCUUGCAGAGAUCCGGGGCCAAUACGAGGAUAUAAUCGAGAAGAACCAGAGAGAGGCUGAAGCCUGGCACAAGCAGCAGUGCAAGACAUUCACUCAAGAGGUCGCCACCAGCAAUGAAGCCCUCCAGGCUGCCAGGACAAAGGCAACAGAACUCAAGCGCAUUGUGCAGAGCCUCAAGAUUGAGUUGCAGACGCUGCAGAGCAUGAAAGAAGCUCUGGAGGGCACAUUGGCUGAGACAGAGUCUCACUAUGGGGUGGAAGUGGCACAGCUGCAGAACCUGGUUGCUGGGAAAGAGGCAGAGCUGUCACAACUGAGAACUGACACCCAGCGUCAAGCUAAUGAGUACCAGCGCCUGCUGGACCUCAAGACCAGGCUGGAGGUGGAAAUUGCCACUUAUCAGCAUCUCCUUGAGGGUCAAGAGGUCAGGUCAGAGGCCAAGUCACCUAAGCAAGAAAUCUCACCAGAGGCUGUUAGCAAGGCCCCCACCACCAGGAGGAUAAAGACUCUGAUCGAAGAGCUGGUGGAUGGUGAGGUGGUCUCCUCCCGCAUCGAGGAGGUGGAGCAUCCUCUAUGAGGGGUGGCUGGGAAAGGGCAAGAAAAGGGGAAACCCUCCCACCCUCUACAGCUUCUGCAUAUCCAACCCCUGCUGUUCAUCCAUCCUGCUGAAUUGCCACCUGUUCUUUUGUGCCUCUGGUUUUCAAUAAAGCAAAUGGUAGGGUGA